GUCUCUUGCCUGAAUGAUUCAGUGCAGCACUGGGAAAGCUGUCCUCUAAAGACUGCCGAGACCGGGCCUGCAGCUGGGGGACCCCUAUCUACCCACAGCUGCCGGUGUGCUCCUCUUUACAAACUGAGGUUUCAGGAGAGAAAAACAAUGUUUAGGAACAGAUGGAUUUCCAGCUAUGUGGGAAGUGUCAUUUGUCCAGAGGAUGCAGGCUUUAACAGAGAAGGGACAUUCCAACACAAACUUUCACUACAGUACGACAAGACUCAAAGUUUCCAGCAACAUUUUUCUUUCGACCUCAAAGGUGAUUGUGGGAACAAGGAUAUUGAUGCUCAUUUACUUGCUGCCCUUCCUAAAGUUUCAGAAUUAAGGAAACUCUUUGAGCCGAGCAGGAAAGCACUCUCAGAAAUGAAGAGAAAGGAAAGAAUUGCAAGACGGUUAGAAGGUAUUGAAAAUGACACACAGCCCGUAAUGCUGCAAAACAGUUUACUAGAUGAAGAUACGCCAAGGUAUAUGCGAGCAACAGAUUCAUUUAGUCCUCAUACAGGGCUUGAAAAUGAAGAUAAAAACUCUGAUACAUCCCCAGAAACACACACUAGACUAAGAAGUCAAGUGCAGCCCACGGGACCGGCAGCCGAUUCCUCUUACAGUUCUGGACCAAUGGAUGCACAAGAAAACGAAACAAAAGCAGAACGAAUUGCUCGGUACAAAGCCGAACGGAGGCGCCAAUUAGCUGAAAAAUAUGGACUUGCUCUGGACCCUGAGGCUGAUGCAGAGUAUCAUUCAAAAUAUACACCAUCAAGCAAGGACAGCGAUACCUCUGAAAAGAGACCAGCAAUGCACGAGUUACAUGACAACAAAGCUAGUAGAUCAGAUUAUUCAUAUCAAUUAGAAAAUAAGGAGCCACAAAACAUUCGAUCUUUACAGUUAAAAAAUCAUCAUGACUUUAAUAAGAACUUUCCAGAGCCAAACGUUCUGCAAAGUCUGGAAAACAAUAACCAGGUGCAUGGAAUCUCGGAGUUAGAUGGCAACAUUAAAUCUGCUUUUUGCAUAUCUGCACAAGACAGACCAGACAUUGUUUUUGGUGAAGCACCACGGUCACCAAAGUUUCCUCGUCGUGCGUCACAGACUUCAUCGCCAAAACGUUCAGCAUCUCCCACAUCAACUGCUGAACAGCCGCUGCAGAGUGAAAGCAGGCUAGAUGCAGGGAAGCCGAAACCAGAAUGGUACCUUCAGAAAGAUUCAGAUGGGGACACUCCGUCUCUCAUCAGCUGGCCUUCCAGAGUAAAAAUUAGAGGGAGAAUGGGCAGAGAGGAGAGCAUUCAUGGGAGUCCCAAACCUGACACGGACACCUCUCCUCAAAAGCAUCAUCGUCCUGUACCGGUCUACUAUAUGCCUUUCCAGUCUGAAACCUCUGCUUUUGAUAGGGUUUAUAAACCGCCAUCCCCGGCUCGUCAACCAAUACAUGGCUACAUCCAGCCUGCUGGUAUUGCUCAUACACCAAAGGUCGUGGCACAAAAUGAGCAUGAAAACGUAAUGGUUUCUGCGUUCACCACCUCUCUAAGAAAUCCCAGAGCUGCCACUGAGGUAGUCAACGAGAAGACACAUCCUGUUCAAGGCCCGAACGAGUUACAUGACCAAUUCAAACCUGUGGUUAGUAAUGGUAAAGCACAUAGCCUUUAUGACGAAAAACCUAUGCAUACGCCAUUUUCUAACAAUAAGCCAAGGAAAGAGACAGCAGAACUGAUGAACGUGUCUCAAGGCUCUCAGGACAAGGUCCAAAAAACUGCAGAAAAAAGUGAAGCCAUCAUGUAUCUGCAAAGUGGACCUCCUUUAUUUUCUGUCAAACCUCAGGGGCCCAGCAAAGAGGUCUCCACAAUGAAGCAUAAAAUGCUUACGCGUUCGAUGUCUGACUCAACCGGUUCUCAGAAGCUGGAAGUGUUUAAGAUUAGAGAUCCUGAACCUCAGAAAGAGAUGGUAUUUUUAGGUACUGAAGAAAAUGCCCUGGUGACCAACGGCGAUACUGGUGUUGUGAAUACAAAAGUAUCUGUCGCCCAGCUCAGGAGUGCAUAUCUAGAGACCGCAGGCACAAGCAGAAGAGAUGACCUUGAACCAAAGGCUGAAAUGCCAACAUCAGGUGUUGAUCUGUCUGCCAGUACUGAGCAGGGAAGAGGCCCUCGACGGCCCAGGCUUUAUUUCUCUCCUGGCGACAAUAGAAAAACUUCAGAAAGAUUUAGAACACAACCUGUAACAUCAGCUGAGCGAAAAGAGACUGAUAGGUCAGCGUUACAACCCCCAGUGCAGCCUACUGAAGAGGAAGCAAAAGUAGAUGAACGAGCUAAACUAAGUGUGGCUGCAAAGAGGCUUCUUUUUCGGGAAAUGGAAAAAUCCUUGGAACCAAAAGCCACUAAGCCACGAUCCCGAAAUGCUGCCGUGGAGAGGAGACUCCGCCGUGCCCAGGACAGGUCGCGCACACAGCCUGUAACCACGGAGGAAGUGGUGAUUGCUACCACCGAGCCAAGCACGGCUUCGCAAUCUGUGACCACUGUGACCACACACACUGUAACACCAAGAGUCCCUAGCCGUACUGUAACUAAGAGCUCUGUGCAUCGUAUCAGUUUGCAGGCUUCUGCACACCAAAAAGCUAUUGCCAUGGAAGAACAAGUGGCUAAAGAAACCAAUGAACAGGCUGAUCCCGAAGAACCGGAUACCUGCUCCCUCUCGUUGGCUGAGAAGAUGGCCUUAUUCAAUAAGCUUUCACAACCUGUCACAAAAGAGGUGUCCACUAGGAAUAAAAUGGAUGUCAGACAGCGCCGAAUGAAUGCACGCUACCAAACUCAGCCAGUAACAUUUGUAGAAGUAGAGCAGUUUAAAAGCAAUGGUGAAAAGAUUGCUCCGUUAUCUCAGAGUGUUGUCUCUACUGUCGCAACUCUAACCUCCCGUCCAUCACCGAUGUCCCCAGGGAACAUGAAUAUCACAAAGUCAUCAUCAAUUUACGAUGAAAAAGUCACCAGCCUCUCCAGCCCUUCUACAAUGAUGCACACUUCGUCGUCGGCCACAGGAAACACUUCAGAAAGAAGCCUGUUGCUGUCAGAUUCCUGGAGUCCGUCUCCAAAAGAAAAAACAGACGAAAAAAAAUUGAGGAAGCCAGUGGUAGAAGAGAGUAGAAUUUCUGUAACAGAAGACAGCAACUUCAGCAAAUUCAGCCCUGUCCUCAAGGAAUCCACCCAUCCUGUGCUUUAUGCAGCAAAAGAGGUUGAUCCUUUUGAGGACCAGAAUUCACCCAGGCAAGCUCCCACAAGUAGUGCCGUAGAGGUGUUCAGCCCCCAAACACUGUUGGAUCCUGUUCUGCAUGGAGAAUUCCAAGUGGCUGAAAGUGCCCUGCAGGUAGAUCGUGAAGAAAUACAACCUCCUAAGAAAAGCUCACACACAGAAUCCAGCAUGCGAAGAGCAAAAGAUCUCACAGCAGAGUUUGCUGAGCCGGCCUCUGAACUCCUUGGGAACAUCUCACCAUUGCCCGUUUCUCACACUCCGCCUGCAGCAUCCGACAGAGUACAUCCAUUGGAACAGACUGCGGACAGAUUCUCCGAAAAAACAGCUGAGAUCUCCUCUGACCUAGACUUCAAAUCCAACGAGGAUCAAGAUCUGUCUGGCAAAGCCAUGUCAAUCAGAGACAGGUUGGCCUUGUUAAAGAAGAGCGGGGAAGAGGACUGGAGAAACAGACUUAACAAAAAGCAGGAGUACAGCAAAGUGUCAGUCAUUGAGCGCAGCACACGCACUCAGCUGCUGGAAAUUGAGCAGUCGCUGAAAAAGAAGGAAGAAGCAGGUGUUAAAGAUGAUUAUGUCCAGUCUAAUCGGCUAUGGGAACCUGUCUAUGCUUCUGUUUAUUCUCCUGCUAUACCUGCUGCCCAUAAAUGCCAGUAUUUUGUACCUAUAAAUCAGGUCAGUAAUUCUAGCAGGAGGGAGUCAAGCCCUGAAAUCUUUGAACGUCAUCCUUGGAGAUGGAAGCAGCGAGUAACUGAUGGAUCUACAACAUCGACUACACAGAUGUCCAUUGAAGAACGUAAACAACAAAUCACUAUAAGGGAAGAGGCGUGGAAAUCGAAAGGACUUGGUGCGGCAAAUGACUCCACACAGUUUUCAGUUGCUGGUCGUAUGGUUAAAAAAGGUUUGGCAUCGCCCACGGCGAUAACACCUGUUGGCUCUCCGCUCCCUCUCAAACUGAAAUCGACAACAGCUGUCUCAAAGCCUUCAGAAGACAUUGAAGCCAAACCGGAACUGAAUUUGGAAUCAGACAGGAAGUUGGAUAAGCUUGAAUCAUUUUUGGGGAAACUACAUAACCGAGUUGGCGGGCUCCAAGAUACCACGCUGACAGUCACCAGUAAAUCUGUGAAAGAGGUGAUGAAACUAGAUGACGACGAAACGUUUUCACGGUUUUAUCGGCCCUUGGAAAUUCCGAACACCAUUGUGCCAUUCGAUUUUGAUGAUGAUUUUGAUAACCUCUUCAGUUCUGAACAACCAAAGCUGACCUCUGCUGUUGCCGAACAUAAACGUGCCGUAAGACCAGUGCGUAAAGUGCAAGCUUCUGGGAACCCUCUAAGAAUGCUGGCUGCGAGAGAUGACAUUCUGCAGGAGUAUACCGAGACUCGGCUGAAUGUGGCCUUCAUGGAGUCAAAGCGAAUGAAAGUAGAGAAAAUGUCUAAAAACUCCAACUUCUCCGAAGUAGCCCUUGCUGGUCUGGCCAGUAAAGAAAAUUUUAGCAGCGUCAGUUUGCGGAGCGUGAACCUAACGGAGCAGCACUCCAAUAACAGUGCUGUGCCCUAUAAGAAGCUUAUGUUAAUACAGAUUAAAGGACGGAGGCAUGUUCAGUCAAGGCUGGUUGAACCCCGUGCUUCCUCUUUGAACAGUGGGGACUGUUUCCUGUUGAUCACCCCUCAUUACUGCUUCCUGUGGGUUGGAGAGUUCGCAAACGUCAUUGAAAAAGCAAAGGCUUCUGAGCUGGCAACAAUAAUUCAAACCAAAAGGGAGCUUGGAUGCAGGGCAUCGUAUAUACAGACAAUUGAAGAAGGAAUAAACACACACACGCAUGCAGCCAAAGAUUUUUGGAAACUCUUGAGUGGACAGACUGAAUUUCAAGAGGCUGGAAGCCCGGAAGAAGAUGAGAGAUAUGAAAAUGCAAUGAUCGAAACCAACUGUAUUUAUCGCUUAGUCGAUGAUAAACUUGUCCCUGUUGAUGAGUUCUGGGGUAAAAUACCCAAAUGUUCACUUUUGCAAUCCAAGGAGGUCUUGGUGUUGGAUUUUGGCAGUGAAGUGUAUGUGUGGCAUGGUAAAGAGGUGACGUUGGCUCAGAGGAAGACCGCAUUCCAGCUAGCAAAGCACCUAUGGAAUGGGGUCUUUGAUUAUGAAUCGUGUGAUAUUAAUCCUUUGGAUCCGGGAGAGUGUAAUUCUCUAAUACCAAGAAAAGGUUGCGGGCGACCUGACUGGGCAAUAUUUGGUCGACUGACAGAGCACAAUGAAACCAUAUUAUUUAAAGAAAAGUUCCUGGAUUGGACCGAAAUGAAGAGACCAAAUGAGAAGAUUAUGUGUGAGGAACCGCCAAAACAAAAGGAAGAAACAAAAUCCGACUUCAAACCCUAUGACAUCAUGCGGAUGGUCCCAGUUCCCCAGCUUACUGUAGGCUCGGUCCUUGACGGGUUAAAUGUUGCUCGUGGUUAUGGGAUGAUUGAAGGGGAGGAUAGCAGGCAGUACGAGAUAACCACCAGCUCUGUGGACGUGUGGCACAUACUGGAGUUUGAUUAUAGCAGGCUGCCAAAGCAGAGCAUUGGUCAGUUCCAUGAGGGAGAUGCGUAUGUGGUGAAAUGGAAGUAUAUGGUGAGCACGACAGUUGGACAGCGACAAAAGACAGAGCAUGUACGAGUAGCAGGAAAAGAGAAGUGCGCAUACUUUUUCUGGCAGGGACGCCAUUCGACUGUAAGUGAAAAGGGAACAUCCGCCCUUAUGACCAUCGAACUCGAUGAAGAAAGAGGUGCCCAGGUCCAAGUACUUCAGGGAAAAGAGCCUCCAUGUUUCUUACAGUGUUUCCAAGGAGGAAUGAUUGUCCAUUCUGGGAGAAGAGAAGAGGAGGAGGAAAAUACACAAAGUGACUGGAGGCUGUACUGUGUGCGGGGAGAGGUUCCUGUGGAAGGGAAUCUGAUCGAAGUUGCCUGCCACUGCAGCAGCCUGCGCUCCCGGACCUCGAUGAUCUUACUCAAUGUUAAUAAAGCACUAAUCUACCUUUGGUAUGGUUGCAAAGCACAGAGUCACACGAAGGAUGUAGGGCGGUCCGCAGCCAACAGAAUCAAAGAUGGAUGUCCCCUUGAAGCCGGUUUACACAGCAGUAGCAAGGUUACGAUCAACGAAUGCGAUGAGGGUUCUGAACCACUAGGAUUCUGGGAGGCUCUUGGAAGGCGAGAUCGUAAAGCUUAUGACUGUAUGAUGCAAGAUCCUGGGAAGUUUAACUUUACUCCACGGCUGUUUAGUCUAAGUAGUUCGUCUGGAGAGUUCACAGCUUCUGAAUUCAUGUAUCCUUCAAGAGAUCCCACUGUAGUUAAUUCCAUGCCCUUCCUGCAAGAGGAUCUUUAUACAGCAUCUCAGCCAGCUCUCUUCUUGGUUGACAAUCAUCACGAGGUAUACCUUUGGCAGGGGUGGUGGCCUGUGGAGAACGUUAUCACUGGAUCAGCUCGGAUCCGAUGGGAUACAGAUCGGAAAAGUGCAUUGGAGACAGUGUUGCAGUAUUGUAAAGGGAAGAAUUCUAAAAAGCCUCCCAAGUCCUACCUGAUACACGCUGGUCUUGAACCUCUUACUUUUACGAACAUGUUUCCAAGCUGGGAGCACCGGGAAGAUAUUGCUCAGAUCACUGAAAAGGAUGCUGAAGUUUCUAAUCAGAUAUUCCUUGUAGAAGAUGUUCUGGCAAAGCUUUGUAAAAGGAUCUAUCCCCUAGAACAGCUACUGGCUCGCCCUCUCCCAGAGGGAGUGGACCCCUUAAAGCUUGAAAUGUAUCUUUCGGACAAGGAUUUUGAGAUUGCGUUAGAAAUGUCGAGAGACGAAUACAGCACACUGCCAUCCUGGAAACAGGUCAAUGUUAAAAAAGCAAAAGGACUUUUCUGAAGAUAAUCUUGCACGGUUUCGCUGGGACCCGUCCAGGUCCAGCGUUCUCUCUUAAUGCUGAUUUGACCUCAACCACUCACCACUGUUGGAUUUGCACUUUGCUGUCUCCUCAAACCUCUACGUUUCACGUUAAGUUUUUGUAUUCAUGAAUAUGGCUGUAAAACGCUCCACAUCUUCCUUUGUCGCAGUUUUGGCUGGAAAACAGAAAUCUCAUUGUGCUGCCUGUUGAAUCGUGUCCUUUUUGUAAAUGUACCUGGGAACCUUUCAAAGGCAAUCUCUUUUCAGAGGGGGUGAAUGCUACAUUAGUGAUAUGUGCCCUGCUGUCACCCAAAGGGUUAAAUUAUCUACUGUGCACUUAAGCGAAAUACAAAUCUAUUCCUUUGCUGCAAUGAUAACUAUAUUGAAGCAGUUCCCUUCUUUUGUAAAUGUAUCUUGUUUGUUCGAUCCUAUAGAAUUUAUUUAUAUAAACUUUGUAUUUAACUAUGCAAUAUACUCACUGUUUAAAAUUUGUGUUAUUACACAAACCAAGUUAUGUAUCAAUGCCUACUUUGAACUAAUAUUGGAAAAACCCAAUAGUUAACAUCAUAGCUAUUUGAAUCUUUUGCUACACCUGGCAUAAACCGUGUUUUUUUUUUUUUUUUAAUCCCAAAUCAAGGGCUUCAAAGAACUGAUCAAUGUAUUGACUUGUUAAUCUCUGCUUUGCCCUCUAGUGGUGGCAGAGUAAAGUUCUGAUAUCCAAAUGUUUAUUGCUAUGUUGUCUCAUGGUGUGUAGCCACAUUAUUUUUCCCUCUCCCAUGUGUGAUCUAGCCCAUGAGGUUGCCAUGCAUACAAGCACCGCAAGCAUUAUUUCACAGUGUUUGUGCUUAAACGCCAGACUGAAUGGGUUAGUUUAACAGUGUAUAGUGCCUUGUUUUUUUUUGUUUUGUUUUUUUUGUGUACAGUUUAUAUACAGGAAAGAUUAGUCUGCAUUUUGAAGGCAGGUAAAAUGCAUCUAAUAAUUUGUACUUUAUAAUAGAAUACAUCUCAGUUUCUCAUACCUGAUGUAAACUUUAAAACAUGUAUUUUGUGAUAUAAGAACCUGAAUUAAAAUGUUACAUAAUGAAAACUUUACAAAA